AUGCGACCGAGCCGCGGAUGGUUUGAGUUGAGUGGUGUCGCGUGUCACCAGAUCCGCUGCUCAUCUCUUCCCCCCGAUACGACUGAUACGACCACCCACCGCCGCGCCCGGCGAGCCCCUCUCUUUCCCAUGUUCCUCCUCUUUUUGCUCCGCAAUGUUCUUUUCUUUCUCUUGGUCCCUUUCUCCCUAGUCUCCACGACCUACCUCUACUACUACCCCCUAUUCCACGGCUGCGGCUUUCCCACGCCAGGGUCCUCGAUCUUCAGCAAUGCCUUUGUGAGAACCGUCCUCUCGCACACCCCCCUCAGCCCUGCCGUCCCCGCGACCUCUCCCUUCCGCCUCCUCGCCGUCGGUGACCCACAGCUCGAAGGCUCCAGCUCCCUCGACCCAACCGCAGCCUCCCUGACAAACUUCCACGCCUUCUUCGGCACUUUGAACUCCACGGAAUCCCUUCUCCAGCGCACCCGCACUGCCCUGCACGCCAACAUCGACUUCUGGCUCGACGACCUGCCCCGCCUCGCCCGCUACGGCAUCAAGCGCCUCGACCUCUGGGGGAACGACUUAUACCUUGCGCACGUCUACCGCACCGUGCGCUGGUGGUCGCGCCCCACGCACGUCACUGUCCUCGGCGAUCUACUCGGCAGUCAAUGGAUCGACGAUGAAGAGUUCGAGUGGCGCAGCGACCGCUUCUGGUCCCGCGUCUUCCCGGACCAUGAGAAGAUCAGCGACGACCUCAUACACACUACGAUGCCCCCUAUCGCCGUAGCCGAUGGCGGCCAGGAACCCCGCAGUCAGCCCUUUCAUACCAUCGGCGAGGACGCAAAGACGUGGUCCACUCGCCUGAUGAACGUUCCCGGGAACCACGACAUCGGCUACGCAGGCGACCUGACUCUCGAGCGAGCCUCCCGGUUCGAGCGCGCAUUCGGCCGACUCAACUAUGCCCUCGAAUUCCGCCUUCCUUCCGACCCUGAAUCGCAGCAGCAGGCGCCGACCCUCCGCGUAGUCGUUCUGAACAACAUGAACCUCGAUACCCCGGUCUACGCGCCGACACUGCAAACAGACACAUACAACUUCAUAAACACUUUGGUCGGGUCCUCCUACCCAGUCGAGCACAGCGGCGUCUUCACCGUCCUGCUCACGCACAUCCCUCUUCAUAAAGUACACGGCGUCUGCAGCGACGGACCGCUCUUCGACUUCCAUGAAUCUGGCGAGAACGGAUCCUUUCCUCACGGUAUCAGGGAGCAGAACCACCUCUCUGACGCUGCCUCGCGGGGCGUCCUCGAGAGCAUAUUCGGCAAGUCGUCCAGCCCCGUCCAGCCAGGUGGAGGGAGGGGACGCAAGGGCAUCGUCCUCACGGGCCACGACCACGAAGGUUGCGACGUAUACCACUUCAUCAACCAAACCUCUCCCGACCCGAAGUGGGAGGCUCACCGCUGGCCCGCCGCGCAGGCGCAGGGAAUCCCGACCGACCCGUCACUCCCGGGCCUUAGAGAAGUCACAGUGCGCAGCGUCAUGGGCGAUUUCUCGGGCAACCUCGGCUUGAUGAGCCUCUGGCUUGAUGAUGUCGGGGAGUGGCAGAGCGGGUUCUCGAAUUGCAGGGCUGUGAGGGCGUGGGUGUGGUGGGUCGUGCAUGUGGUUGACUGCAUUGCGCUUGCAGUGGCGGCGCUGUGGGGUGCCGUGGAGUUUUACGCUAGUAGUGCCGGUCCGAACGGUUCGAAGAGGAGAGUGAAUCGUGUUGCGAGGGCUGGCAUCAGGGCCGCGAGUAUGCGGAGUAGGAGCGCUGAUCGAAGUGACAUGGGGAAUAGCAGCGGAAGUGAUACCUCGACCCUGUCAUCGGGGCAGAAGAAGAGCCUGCGCCGGAAGAGGAGCAAGCAGUCUAUGAGAGGAGACUUGGGCGCGGGGAGACGCCAGUUGUCGGAUGUGUUGGAGGUGCCAGAGUAAUGAGGGGGUGUAUGUAUGUGUAUUAUAUAUGUAUUUAGGGGAUGUGGCAUAGGUGUGGAGAGCAUAAUUAGCAUAGCGUUGUAGCGAUGAUGAUAACGAAUGGAUUGGA